AUGGACGAAGUUGUCUUUCUCGAGAUGAACCGCGACCUUGGGUUUGAUGGUACGAUUCAAACAAACAGAAAAUCAUCACUCCUUGCCGAAAUGGUCCGCUUGAAUUAUAUUCUGCAACAAAUCAACGAUUUCAAUAUCCGUGUGGCCGAGUCCAAGCUUGAUGCCAUCGAUAUUCUAAGUGACGUUGAGCACCUUUCUUCGCAGCUUGACAGGUGGCUUGAUGAACUACCAGAUCAUAUUCGAGAUACUCGCGAGAAUCUCGAACGGUUUUCUGCUCUAGGCCUCGGGCGUAUGUUCGUGGCGAUCUAUUUGGGGUACUACCACUUCGGACAGAUGCUCUUCUACCGAUUCCUUCACGAAGACUCGCAAUCGACCAGUAUCCCCAGCCGGCAUUACGCUACUAAAUGUAAGGAGCACGCGGGCAGGCUAUGCGAUAUUGUCUACUCCUCAGAGACAGUGCCUAACUGCGACGCAAAGUACAAUAUGGUUGGGCAUGUGCUUGUCAUCGCGUCAACGGUGCAAAUCCAUAGCCUUCUCUUCGAAUCGAACGAGACGAAUGUCACUCUGGCGAAGAAGAGGUUGGAGAAGAACUUUUGCAUCAUCACGCAGCUCUGUGCCCUAUGGCCCACUCUGGACGUCUGCAUGGAUAGGCUCAUGGCAUUUCACAAAGCGUGCAGAGAGUCAGCAGAUACAAGUUUCUGCAUGGAUCAAUGGAUGGUUCGGUUCCUGGUGGAAUUUGCAACUCCUGUCACGGAUAAAACCUCUCCUGUGAGCGAUGGAGGUCACUGGUCACUGGCGGAGCUGGGCAUCACUUCGGAUUAG